AUGACAUUACCAUCGGAAAUUGCCGUGGAUGGAAACCCCCAGAUAACCAAUUUGGCUUCUCGAAUUGGGGUCACCUGUACUGGUAGAACCGAGAGCUUGACCUCAAGUCAGAGUGCACAGGUACAAUAUGCCGUCCUCCUAAAGUCAGGCACGGAAAAGGAUAAGGUGAUCGCAGGGCUGCGCGCGCGAAUCAGCGCGUUGGAGGGUGAGCUUUAUUUGGUACAGCUUGCUCAUAGUGGCGACACCUCUGAUUCACUUGGAAGAUCCUUGAACCAAUUCGAUAUUGCAUCGGCCCGAACUUGUGGUUGCAAGACCAUUAAUUAG